AUGGUGAACCUAGUUGGCAUGUUGCGGGAGCAGUGGGCUGCCAUUUUAGAUCCCUUGAGCUUUGUAAUAGGAUGUUACUGGGAUCGGAAAAAUGAUGAAAAAGUUACUGCAUUCAGAAGUAACAGUGCACUCUACUGCAAAGAGCUGAAGCCUGGUGAAGAGGUGGCAUGGAAAUAA